AUGGCAAUAGCAAACACGAUCGUGCUCAUCACCGGAUCACAGCUAAUCAUGCGCCUCUCAGGAGCAAACUCCGGCGUUGGCUACGCCGCAAGCAAGGUCAUCACCCACGCGUCCAACAACUACCAUGUAAUCAUGGCAGGUCGAUCCCGUCAAAGACUAGACAAAGCUCUCUCGGACUUGACAGCAACCUCACCACAAGGCCAACUCUCGACGCUCGAGCUCGAUGUCGACAGCGAAGACUCGAUCAAGCGCGCCGCCCAGCAAGUCUCCACAGACUUCGGCCGUGUGGACGUAUUAAUCAACAACGCUGCGACUGGUAACGUCGACGACGACGUCCGCACCCGAUUCGAAGUUCAGCUCAAGACUAACGUCCUCGGCCCACGACUGGUGGCUGCGCAUUUCAGGCCUUUGCUUUUGAAGUCGAAGAAUCCGUACUCGAUCUACGUGACUAGCGGAGCCGGGUCGUUGGGAAUGGCUGCUCAGAUGAGGGACAUUCCCACGCCGCCGAAUCCGGAUGGUUACUGUGUGGCUAAAGCAGCGUUGAACAUGGUCAUGAUGCAAGAGCAUGUUGAGAGUGUCAAGCAGAACCUCGGAAUCAAGGUGUUUGCUGUCUGCCCCGGCUUCGUGAAGUCGAACCUGAGAGGGCCGGAAGGCGUUGAUGGAUGGGCGGGAGUGGAAGCGGGUGAUCCGGAGGUCAGCGGGCAGACACUGCUUAGGGUCAUGACGGGUGAGAGGGAUGAGGACGUCGGAAAGGCUGUGCACAAGGGUGGCGUGUAUCCUUGGUGA